AUAAUUUAAUCGCGAUAAAAAAUAGUGAAAUUUUCCCCGAUUUUUGCGAGAUAACAUGUUUUUAUGGUUCUGAUUCCAAGUGCACAUAUUCCGGACACGGUUUCGUCGUAAAAAUGAAGUUCCAGUUUCCACCGUUCACGCGGCUCGUAUCGGUAUUCCUGUUCCACAUCGUCCUCACCAAUGCAGGGGACAUAGUGGACAUAACGGACACGGUUUUCGGUUCUAUGACCGACACCAUCCCGGUCGCGUACGGUGAUUUCAACUCGGACGAACUGUUCGAUGUGUUCGUGCUGCGGAACAACUUCCGCACGAUCCAGAUCCUGUUCGGCAGCGACGACAAACCGCUGCUCCAAGCGGGACCAAAGUGCGAGUAUAAGAACUUUCACAUCACCAGCGUCGUUCCGGGGGAUUUCGAUGGUGAUGCGUACAUGGAUGUGAUGUUCACAGUUAAGCGGGAAGGAGAGGACCAAGCAGUCUAUGUCAACUGGGGCGGUUCGGAGUACAUGAACUGCACGGGGGAGGACGAGGAGCCGCUGAUAGAGAUGAGAGGACAGCCUCUGGCUCUGGAUUACGAUAAGGACUUUAUAAUCGACUUGUUCGGGAUGGACAGGAAGGGAGAGCGUACGUAUUGGAUUUUCAAGAAACCUAAAGAUGGCAUCAGGAAAAAGCCCGAUGCAAUCCGAUUGGAUGACAAACAUGGAGCCCAGCUCAGCGUUCCACAUUCGCACGCCAUCAUCGAUUUGGACAAGGAUUUCACGGCGGAUCUAUUCCUCACGACUACAUCCGGAUACGAGAUAUGGAAGGGUACCGAAACAGAUAAGGAAUUUAUCUACGAUCACAGGAUCGAAUUUCCCGUUGGCAACUACGAUGCCCACAUAGGUCAAUCGAUCUUCCUGGACGCAGAACUCGAUGGGAAUUUACUGCAAAUUGUCCCGAUUUGCUUCAACAAGAACUGCAUGAACUCUAGCAUUCUGGUCUACCAUGGACAUCAUUUCCACGAUCUGCAGAUCGAUUUCAAGGACGAUCACAACGAUGUUUGGGGCUUCGUCGUUCCGGAUCGGUUAAAUUGGGCAACCCAAGUCAUAACGCUUCGGGGUGGCGAUUUCAAUCUGGACGGUUAUCCGGAUCUUCUCGCAACGCUCUCCAAAUCAUCCGGUCAGAUGCAAACAUUUCUGCUGGAAAACGUUCCAUGCGAAAAGUUAGCCUGUAAUCACAUGAAGCGAACAUUCGUCGUGCGCUGGAAGGCGCUCGCUCCUUUCACCAAUGGUACCAUCAUGGGCUCGUUCUACGAUUUCUACAACAACGGUAUAUUGGAUGUCAUCUUCGUGGAGAAGGUGGGCAACACUACUCGGCCGGUGGCAUUCAGGAAUUCGCUGGACUACGAUGCUAACUUCGUGAAGGUCAUCGUCCUGACGGGACUUUCGAACCAACGGGGUCCGAAGAAGCUUACGCCUUUGGGUCGGAAGAAGAGAACUUACGGCACAAAUCUCCCCGGCCCUCGCAUCGAGUACAACACCACCACCCAGGAUGGUGACCCGCAGCAUGGCGCCUCAGCGCAGCUACCUCAGUCAGCAUACUUUUCCCUCCAUCUGCCGUACACGACGUUCGGCCUGGGUCGCACGCCGAACUUUGUCGACUCGCUUACCGUCGGUCUGUCGAACCACUCCCGCACCUGGACCCAGCUGAUUCCAAACUCCCAGAUGAUCGUCGUACCCCGGCCGAUCGACGAAGCCGACAAAUGGAAGGCGCAGCUCUUCGUCACCCCCAGCAAAUUGAUUCUGAUGAGCGUCGUUGCAUUGGGUGGAAUCUGUUUGGUCAUAUUGCUACUGAUUCUGAUACUGUAUGCCAAGGAGAAGCGCGAGGAUCGGAUUCAGAAAUCACUGGAAGCGCACCGGUUCCAUUUUGAUGCGAUGUGAGCUUGAAGCAGCAGGAGGGAAGGUAAAUGUUCUGCGAUAUUUAAUUCUACGUUUUAUCUAGACUGUUUUUUUUAAUUAUUUGUGAAUGUGUGUGUUGAGCUCCUUUUUUUCGAAUAAUUUAUUAUUAUGGACGGCACUGAGUAACGUUGAUGAAGAAGACACAGUUUUUCUCGAUACUAAUAUGCUAAUAAUCAAAUAGUAAUAAAAAUUUCCGUGCAA